CGGCGCUGCGCAGUGUGGCCUGGGAGAGUCGGAAGCGCGGUGAGGGCGGGUGAGGCGGCAGCGGCGGGCCCAUGCAGGACGCGGAGAACGUGGCGGCGCCCGAGGCGGCCGAGCAGCUAGCAGAGCCCGGACAGCCGCAGCAUCCAGCUGCUGAGCCGCCACGACCGGGAGAGGAGCCGUCGCGGCCCGCGGGACCCGGCGCCCUGGAGGCGGCAGUUGGCGAGGACGCGGAGGCCGGGCCGGAGCCCGACGUGCCGGCCGAGCCCGCGGCCGACGGGGAGGAGAAGGCGACUUUGGGCCCAGGCUCGUCCCCACCGCCGCCUGAGGAGCCCCCCGCGUCGGCCCCGUCUGUGGGUGAGGCCUCGGCAGAGCAGGCCAGGGACGAGUCAGCUGAGGCCGGGUCCGAGGGGGCGGGCGGAGAGGACGGCGGCGCGGACGAGCCCUCCUUCAGCGAUCCCGAGGACUUCGUGGACGAUGUGAGCGAGGAAGAACUGCUGGGGGACAUUCUCAAAGAUCGGCCGCAGGAGGCAGAUGGGAUUGACUCAGUAAUCGUGGUGGAUAACGUUCCUCAAGUGGGACCCGACCGCCUGGAGAAGCUCAAAAACGUCAUCCAUAAAAUCUUUUCCAAGUUUGGGAAAAUCACAAAUGAUUUUUAUCCAGAGGAGGAUGGAAAGACAAAAGGGUAUACGUUCCUGGAAUAUGCUUCCCCUGCCCAUGCCUUGGAUGCCGUGAAAAACGCGGACGGCUAUAAGCUGGACAAGCAGCACACUUUCAGGGUCAAUCUCUUCACGGACUUUGACAAGUACAUGACGAUCAGCGAUGAAUGGGAUAUUCCAGAGAAACAACCUUUCAAGGACUUGGGGAACCUGCGUUACUGGCUUGAAGAGGCCGAGUGCAGGGAUCAGUACAGUGUUAUUUUUGAGAGCGGAGACCGUACUUCCAUUUUUUGGAACGACGUGAAGGACCCUGUCUCCAUCGAAGAGAGAGCGAGGUGGACGGAGACCUAUGUGCGCUGGUCCCCCAAGGGCACCUACCUGGCCACCUUUCACCAGAGAGGCAUCGCUCUCUGGGGGGGAGAGAAAUUCAAGCAGAUCCAGCGGUUCAGCCACCAGGGGGUCCAGCUCAUUGACUUCUCGCCCUGCGAAAGGUACCUGGUGACUUUCAGUCCCCUGGUGGACACUCAGGACGACCCUCAGGCCAUUAUUAUCUGGGAUACCCUGACCGGGCAGAAGAAGAGGGGCUUCCACUGUGAGAGCUCAGCCCAUUGGCCGAUCUUCAAGUGGAGCCAUGAUGGGAAAUUCUUUGCCAGAAUGACCCUCGACACGCUUAGCAUUUAUGAAACUCCUUCCAUGGGUCUUUUGGACAAGAAGAGCUUGAAGAUCUCUGGCAUAAAAGACUUCUCUUGGUCUCCUGGUGGUAACAUCAUCGCCUUUUGGGUGCCUGAAGACAAAGAUAUCCCAGCCAGGGUGACCUUGAUGCAGCUUCCUACCAGACAGGAGAUCAGGGUCAGGAAUCUCUUCAACGUGGUAGAUUGCAAGUUGCAUUGGCAAAAAAACGGAGAUUACUUGUGCGUGAAAGUGGACAGGACCCCGAAAGGUACCCAGGGCGUGGUCACGAAUUUUGAAAUUUUUCGAAUGAGGGAAAAACAGGUGCCUGUUGACGUGGUGGAAAUGAAAGAAACUAUCAUAGCUUUUGCCUGGGAGCCGAACGGGAGUAAGUUUGCGGUGCUGCACGGGGAGGCCCCUCGGAUAUCCGUAUCCUUCUACCACGUGAAGAGCAACGGGAAGAUUGAACUUAUCAAGAUGUUUGAUAAGCAGCAGGCAAACACCAUCUUCUGGAGCCCCCAGGGACAGUUCGUCGUGUUGGCUGGCCUGAGGAGUAUGAACGGCGCCUUGGCCUUCGUGGACACUUCGGACUGCACGGUCAUGAACAUCGCGGAGCACUACAUGGCCUCUGACGUGGAGUGGGACCCCACUGGGCGCUACGUGGUCACCUCUGUGUCCUGGUGGAGCCACAAGGUGGACAACGCCUACUGGCUGUGGACCUUCCAGGGGCGCCUGCUGCAAAAGAACAACAAGGACCGCUUCUGCCAACUGCUCUGGAGGCCACGGCCGCCCACGCCACUGAGCCAGGACCAGCUCAAGCAAAUUAAAAAGGAUCUGAAGAAAUACUCCAAGAUCUUUGAACAAAAGGAUCGUCUGAGUCAAUCUAAAGCCUCGAAGGAACUAGUAGAGAGAAGACGUACCAUGAUGGAAGACUUCCGAAAAUACCGGAAAAUGGCCCAGGAGCUCUACAUGGAGCAGAAAAACGAGCGUCUAGAAUUGCGAGGAGGUGUGGACACAGACGAGCUGGACAGCAACGUGGAAGACUGGGAGGAGGAGACCAUUGAGUUCUUCGUCACUGAGGAGAUCAUCCCCCUGGGCAAUCCGGAGUGACCUGAGCAACAUGCAUCCUCGGGCUUGUGCCACAAUGACACCAUCCUGCAGAGCCCACCUGGUGCCUGGAGGUGACCAGUGCUUUCUCUUCUCCAGACUCUGUGCCCGGAUCCUCCCAUCCUCAAGCGUCACUGUGCCUUCAGCCCCUGCCCCCCGUCCCUGCUGUAGGGGGGCUUUCAAGGCACUGCUUUACUUUUUUGUCGUUUGGGGUUUUUAAAGUCACGCCCCCAGUGUUUGUUACUCAGACUCGUGCACGGCAGGGGCAGGUUCCUGCCUUCUGAGGCGCAGCCCAGUGGUCUCCCUUUGGUGACUCGUCCUGUCCCUUGUGCGGAGGCCAGUGUGGCUGUGUCCCGGACACGGGAGUCGCGCACCAGGGUCCCCACGCCACUCAGGUUGUGCUAGGUUUUCAAUGAGCAGAGCGUGGAAAUAAAAGCAAACCUGUAUGAAAA